CCUCCUCAUAAGCCCCUCCUUCAGAAGGCUUACCACCUCUCCCAGAGCUCCGCGCUCCUGCUCCGGAAGGAGGAGCUGAAAACACGGAAAAAGGAUCGGGAAAACUCCAGCGAGCACUCUGCGCUUGCGCGUGGGGGUGGGGGUGGGGGGAAGCCGGAAAUUGAAACCUGAGCGACUACGCUUCCGUUUCUGGUUUUCCUCCUGUGUUUGGUUUUCCUCCUGUGUUUGGGUUUCCUCGCCGCCGGCCAAGAUGAACCGAUUCUUCGGAAAAGCAAAACCCAAGGCUCCGCCACCUAGCCUGACUGACUGCAUUGGGACGGUGGAUAGCAGGGCAGAAUCCAUUGACAAAAAGAUUUCCCGGCUGGAUGCUGAACUAGUGAAAUAUAAGGAUCAAAUCAAGAAGAUGAGAGAAGGUCCUGCUAAGAACAUGGUCAAACAGAAAGCCCUGAGGGUUUUAAAGCAAAAGCGGAUGUAUGAGCAGCAGCGAGACAACCUGGCCCAACAGUCCUUUAACAUGGAGCAAGCUAAUUACACCAUCCAGUCACUGAAGGACACCAAGACCACGGUUGACGCCAUGAAAUUGGGAGUAAAGGAAAUGAAGAAGGCAUACAAGGAAGUAAAAAUUGACCAGAUUGAGGACUUACAAGACCAGCUGGAGGAUAUGAUGGAAGAUGCAAACGAGAUCCAGGAAGCACUGGGCCGCAGCUACGGCACCCCAGAAUUAGAUGAGGAUGACCUGGAAGCAGAGUUGGAUGCGCUGGGCGACGAGCUUCUGGCUGAUGAGGAUAGCUCUUACUUGGAUGAGGCGGCCUCUGCACCUGCCAUCCCAGAAGGUGUUCCCACUGACACCAAAAACAAGGAUGGCGUGCUGGUGGAUGAAUUUGGACUGCCACAGAUUCCCGCUUCGUAGACUUGCAGCAUUCCAGCACAUGAUGUAAAAAAAACAAAAAAAGUAUUCUGGGACUAGGAAAUAGUUCCCGAGCUGCCAAACAGGUUUAGGUUUCUUUCCUUUCUUUGAAGGAAAAGCUAAUCACACUGCUCCUGCAUUUUUAUUUUUUCCGUUAAGGAAUUCAUUGCUUGGGGGAAGCUGUCUUUACUAAAACUUGAUUUUUUUUUUCUCUUAGGAAAGACUAACUGAAAAGUACCCUUGACUUUGUAUGACUUGUGUUCAUUCAUUAACAAUAAUCUGAAAUUAAACCAAGGAGAUGAGACUCUAAAUUGUAUGGUAAUGUAAGUACAGCCUCAGUAUGGUGAUACAUUGAUAAGAUGAAAAUUAUUGAUGAGAUUGAGACUGUUGAUAGUAUGCGUCAGAACCAUUGUCUAUUGUGGUAUUGUAGAUGGGUUAAAGUGAUGGCCUCUUUUGAUGGUUUUGUUGUGUCGUGUGAGCAAGUCAUUACUCUAUCUAAUGUUGGAAUGAAGUGUCACUACUGUAUCAUGAGUUACUACUUUGAUUCCAUGGUUCCCUCAGUAUAUACUAGCCUGACUUGUAAUGAAUAAUGAAUAUUUCUUGAUAUUUAAUGUAUAGGACAUUUAUUUAUACUCAAUAAAUAUUUUUCAAAAGGA